AUGACCAAGAACAAAUUAAGAGGACAGAAGUUCAGGAAUGUAUUUCACAUAGCCAGCCAAAAAAACUUUAAGACUAAAAACAAAGAAAAACCAAUUAUUACUAAUCUUAGGAAGAUGAACAUUGUGAAUGAUGAAACAAUUAACCAAGUGAAUAAAGGUUUUGUGAACCUACAGAAGGAACUUGCACACUUCUCAAAAGACCUUUCUCUGGAACUUCUGCAGAAAGAACUGAGUCCUUGGCAUCAUGAAAAUGAACCAGUUAAUGUUGACAAGGCCAAGAGAUUAAUGGCUCAGUUUUAAUACAAUGGUGAUGCGUCAAAUUCCCCUUAAAAGUUCAGUAAAUUAAAUGUUUCAUACAACUACAACAAAAACAAAGCAUAUUAGAAGUAGCUGCCUUCUGCACUUCAUGGUGCUUGGAGGUGGCCUUUCCUGAUGAGGUUCAGGCAGCAGGCAGUUGCUAACUCCAAGAUUGUUAGAGGGCUGUGAGAAACCCAGACUUCUGGGGGUAAGGCUGCUGCCAUUCUCUAGUCUUCCAUCUACUAGGCUGAUUCCUGGAGUAGCAUCCAGCAGAUGCCAAAGUCACUGCAGUUCCAGUACAUAGCAAAGGAGCCACAAAAUAGAUUGAUUUUGUGAAGAACAUCUUAUUUCCUUAAAUUAAAGAAAACACUAAGAAUAUUUGCAGGCAAAAACACAUCUUCCCUCUUGGAAAGAAAAGGAGUGCCAGCAGAAUGUAAGUCCUUUUAGGAAACAGGCCUGAAGAGGAUUCCCACAAGGAUGGGACUAUUCUGAUCCCUACAGCUUGGGAAUAGGGCAGACGUCCUACAACAGAUGAACCAGGCUGUAGCAGAUAAUGCGUUUUGGCCACUGUUUCUGAAAUAGCUAUAGGGCUACAUUGGGGUAGAAACAUUCAGAGCUGGGCAUAAGAAAGCAGAAUUCUUUGAAUAUGUAGUUACAGCAUUCAGUAAAUGGAGAUUUAAAUGAAAGUAUUUAUUCUCAGUGUAGUGACACAAAGGCUAUUUGGGCAUUCU